CAAGCCAACCAUCAGCAGCCACAAAUCCGGGUCUCUUCACUGCCCGAUUCGACCAGCAAUGGAGGAGCAGGGCAGGGCGAGCAACAAGAUCAGGGACAUCGUGAGGCUGCAGCAGCUCCUCAAGCGGUGGAAGCGUAUGGCGGUGGCGCCCGGAGGAGGCAGGGGCGGCUCCAAGAACGGCGGCGGCGGCGGCGUCGUGCCGAAGGGUUCAUUCGCUGUGUACGUGGGCGAGGAGAUGCGGCGGUUCGUGAUCCCCACUGAGUACCUGGGCCACUGGGCGUUCGAGGCCCUGCUCCGGGAAGCGGAGGAGGAGUUCGGGUUCCGGCACGAGGGCGCGCUCCGAAUCCCCUGCGAUGUCGAGGCGUUCGAGGGCAUCCUCCGCCUCGUCUCCGGCGGCAAGAAGGACGCCGGUGCCGGGAUGUGCGACUGCUCCUGCUCCUCCGAGACCGAGAUCUUGUGCAGAUGACGGCUGACGCGAUG